GAAUGCAGAACGACAUCGACCUGUCGUCCGCGGCAAGCAUCGCCCUUGGUGUCGGUCUCGGUGGCUUGGUCAUUCUCGUACUCAGCUACUUCCCUGGGGAGCCCUUUGACUACUCCAUCAAGCAGGAAGAUGAUGCUCCUGCAUCCGUUGAGGACGAGGCCGGCGACAUCAUGGAUGAGAUACCAGUUCCUCCAACUUCGUCAAAGACAUUGCACCGGCGGCACCAAGAUGCAAUUGAGGUUGAAAAAGCCGCAAGUGCCCUCCGUGUCGAUAAACUCCAGGAAUUGCUAGGUCUUGAAGAGUCCAAAAUCCGUGAUCUCGUCGCGCAGGCCAAGCGCGACACGUUAAACGGCAUCUCCCCGACACCGCGAGUCAACUACAUGGCUCGAGCCGAUCGUGUCGUGUAUUUCAGCUUCUUCAUGCUCAUGUGUUACUUUGCAUGGCGCGAUUACGGGCUCAACGUCCUCGACCUCGUUGCGUACUUGUUUCCCACCGAGACGGCCACCCUCCGCCAGAUCCUUCCUCUUGUCUGACUCUUAAUUCUGUCCAUACAAGCAAUCACUA